UCGCAAUCAGCGUGGUUAAAUUCCCAUCAUAGACAACGUAACCAUCCACGUGCUUAAAUGUUAAAAAUUCGACAAUUUUAUUCUUUUGAUUCGAAAUGAAUUGUUUUGGUGAAUCGAUCAAAUUACCUACGCUUUGUAAUGACUCUUUUCAAACAUAUCAUCGGAGAUUUAUGGUUAGCCGAAAUAAUAAUGAUCACUUGAUCAUAAACGAAUCGGCUAAUCUCGUAAGCAAGUAUGAUAUGAGCGUUAAGCCAAUGGUUGCCUUACAAAGUUGGUCUUUCGAAGAACUUAAUCGUCUCGUUGUUCCCGCAGUAUUUGAUGAUAGCUGUUAUCCUAAUCGUAUGGUCGCCGUACAUAGUUGUAAUACGUUAAUCGAAUGGAUUAUCCAUAAUGACGACAAUGGCAAGCAAUUAUCGCAGAUUUUCAAAAAGAAUUUCUCAUUAGAAAUAAUCGACAUUCUGCUACCAAAGGGUAAACAUUCAGAUAUAUUGAUUGUAUUUGCAAAUGGUUCGAUAACAUCGCUGAAACAAGUCAAAACAGCUCACUUUUCUGAAGAAAAUAGUCAAAAUGUAAUUGAUGAAAAAGAAAAGAUACUAGAGAUCGAAAUGUCCAUUUUGAAACGUAGAACAGUGAUUAAUUAUAGAACAAUUGACAGCCAUGGACAAAACAUGUAUGUUUAUCGUCUAGAGAUGAGAAAAGAUCGUAUUGAAUUAAGUGAAAAAUCACAAAUCAAAGGUCACUACGAUGCUUUUGGAUUCGAUGGAUAUCGACUUCUCGGCGCUACAAGACACGAAGAAUGCAUUAAAGUAUACGAACUACUUACGGAGAGUAAAGUUCUUCAAUUUGAACGACCAUCAUUCGAGACGCUAUGCUCAAUGGCCAUCUGUCAGAGUGGAGCCUAUGGUUUUAUUGGCCGUAGAUCAAAUGGUCAAUUCGUUGUCGAAGUUUACGAAUCUACCUACUGUAUUCGGAUUGGUUCGCUCAAUCUUGAUCUUAGGGAUGUGUUUUUCCAGAGGUUUCGCGCACUUGCUGAUACAUUGGUGGUGACUAGUACCAAUAACAUUCUCUUUCUGCCAAUUUCAAACCAAAAACCUUUUCUUUCGCAAUUACUGACUAAAGGUCUUUCCGAAUCCAAUAUUGACUGUCCGACAAAUGAAAUCCGAAUGGCCAAUCACAGCCAAUUUAAAGAACAAUUGGGCAUCCUGAUUUCUUCCAUCGAUGAAGACGAGCAUCAAACUAUAUCAUUAGAACGACUAAUUCAAAUAAAUAAAAAUUUUGAUGUGAUUGUCCGUCAACAUCAAGGACUACCGGAGGAAAUUAUUGCACAAGUGCUCUUUUUCUGUACGCAGAAACAUCUUGAAUUAUCGACAGCCACGACUGACCUUGAUGACCAAAGAUCACAACAAAUUCGCCAAUUGUUCCAGAAGCUAGUUAAAUUACCAUUCAAUGAGACAUUUAUGAUCUCUUGUCUCAAAUCAUGCCGAGUUUCUGCCUCACAAUCGCUAUUGGCCAUAGAAUGGAUACUUGACCUAUUACCAAGCGAUAAUUGUUAUUUACUUUCAUGGAUAUCGGUCUUGUUGGAUGCAAAUUACCAUCAAUUCAUUGUUCGUCCGAAUAGCCAAGUGUUACAAACAUUGAAACAUAUUAGCCACCGAAUAGACGAUAACAUCGAUUUUUAUCAACAGUUGAGCCCGAUUGAAUCGUUGAUAGAAUUAAUCGGAAAACGAAAUAGUUCCUUAUGGAAAGCUAUCCAUUCCGAUUCAUCGGAAAAUAUCGGUGACUAUUGUAUCGAACUUUUGACAAUACCCUGAAUAUGAAUAAAUUCAAUAUUAUAUAUACGA